AGAUGGCUUCCCGACACUCACACUUAAUACUCCCAGCAGUCUGCGCUGCAUCUCUUUUAUAACAACUCUGAUGAGGUUCAUAGGUCUUCCAAGACAGCAAGAAUAGCCAGUCCCUGGAACGUGGAAAUAUGGCAAACACAACGAAAGGACAAGUUACUACAGUGUCGCUGGUUGAAAGCAAUGCAAACCCCUCAGGCGUCCAAAUAGUUAGCACCUAUCAUACCAAUCGCAUUGGAGAUCCGUCUAAUCUUGUUGAACUAGCACAACAAGUCCAAAAGGCUGAUGAUUUUAUCAGAGCAAAUGCAUGCAACAGGCUAACGGUUAUAGCUGAGCAGAUUCGAAUCCUACAGGAACAAGCAAAACGGGUUUUGGAGGAGGCAAAGAGAGAUGCGGAUCUGCACCAUGCAGCCUGUAAUGUUGUUAAGAAGCCAGGGAACAUUUAUUACCUCUACAAACGAGAAAGUGGACAGAGAUAUUUCUCUAUUCUUUCACCAAAGGAGUGGGGAUCCAGCUGUCCGCAUGAAUUCCUUGCUGCCUACAAGCUCCAGCAUGACAUGUCCUGGACACCUUAUGAGAACAUCGAGAAGAGAGAUGCCGAAAUUAAUAUUAUUGAUAAACUGCUGAAUGAGCAAAUUGCACUUCCAUCAUGCGUAGAGCCCAACUUCAGAGGACUGACAAAUUAAAGCUGGACUUGGCCUUUCUAGCUUAUGGAAUCCACCCACAUAAAAGAAGAACUUCUGAUGUCUAAGACCUUGAAAACCCCCCAAAAAAAUCAGAAGUCCAUUUCGAUUUUACUGUUAAAAUUUUCUACAGGCCCCUAUCAUUCUGUAAUGGAAUGUUUAAGUGCAAUAUGAUGACAGUGUUUUAAGUAAAAGAAAAUAUAUAUCCAUUCCUUUCAUUUUAAAUUUCAGUAAACGUAUGAGGGCACUCACUGU